AUGACGACUCUUUCUGACGGUGACCUCAUUCAGGUCAUUGACUAUGAUGGGGAGAUGACUGCGGACCUGGAGAGUUGGAUGCGGCAGCAGGGGCUGGACGAUUUGGGGUUCGGUUAUAACGUCAUCACAAUCUUAGGAUCUCAAAGCAGCGGCAAAAGCACGCUGAUGAACGCGUUGUUUGGCUGCACCUUUCAGGUGAUGGACGCCCAGAGAGGAUACUCACAAACAACGAAGGGGCUCUGGGCGGGCAGAGAUCAUCUCCCGAAGACAAACAGCGGGAACAGCAGCAGCAGCAGCAGCAGCAGCAGGGAGAGCAGCAGCAGCGGUAGUGUGGUUCCACUUGAACGUCCUGUAUUGAUAUUAGAUGUGGAGGGUUUAGAUUCACUCCGCGACUGGGCACCAACAAUCGUCCCUGAGGACGUAAUGAAGGAGAAAAUUAUAAAGGAUUACGUAAACAAAAUAUGGGAUGAAAUAGAAAAGCCUGCUGCAGCAGCACAUGCUUCUGCUGCUGAUUUCUUUACAGUUGAGGUGAUGGGCUUAGCACACAAACUGCUGGCCCCGCAGCAAUUCGAGGAGGACGUCAUACGCCUGAGAACCAGAUGGGCCAAGGAGUUCAGCCCCAAGUCUUACACCCGCGCCAUACCCGCAGAUGGAUUCGGCGCAUACGCAAAAAACAUCUGGGAGACGAUAAAGCAGCAGUCUCACCUAGACAUUCCUAAUCAGAAGGAGAUGCUGGCGAUAUACCGCUGCCAAGACCUGAAGCAGCAAGCGCUGCAUGCAGCAGCAACACGUGUUGCUGCUCUAGAGAAGCAGCGGCUGAAAGCAGCAGCAGAUGCAGCAGAUGCAGCAGCAGCAGAUGCAGCAGCAGCAACAGACGCAGCAGCAAUACGUAGUGAAUUGGCUUCUAUAGCAAGAGAUGCCAUUGGUGUGUAA